AUGUCGGCCCAAGUACCACCGUUGAAGCGUAAUAAUUACUUGCAAACCUCAAAUAUUAUACAACAGAUGAAAUAUUUGAUUAUACUUGAAACAUUGUUCGGGAUAAACCGUUUGUAUAUAAUAAGUGGGUAUAGAAAGUGGAUCCUGUGGUUGAGUUAUAUUUACGACGUGACGUUACACUUCUUGGUAGGGUUUUUAAUAAUUAUCAAUACGUUUGGCGUAAUCAAUCAGCAUUUUUAUAAAAUAACUACAGUCGUCGAAUAUUUCUUGCUAUUCUGUAGCGCUUUAUUGCUACAAAGGCAUAAAUUGAGUAAUUUUUUUACGAGACUUCAAACGUUUGACGAAAAUCUUAAUAUUAGCACGGAAGUGUCUAUAUUGUGUCCAAAACGGUGGUACUUAUACGGUUUAGGUGUUUUAAUUGUAUACAGUGUCCUUGAAAACUUGUACUCAGUACUUUUUGUCUUUCAAACUCACGACUUUUCGUUGUUAGCCGACCUUAACUAUUUACCAGUUAUGGCUCAUGACAUGGAAAUGGUUUUGUUCUGUUAUUUCCUUAUUACAAUAUUACAAAGACUUUCGAUUCUAAAAGCGCACGUGGCUAAAGUAUUUUCUAUCAACACGAAAGAUCGUAUUGAUUGCGAGGAUUCAAGUAAAUUGGAAGAUUUGUCAAAAAGAGUAAACCUCAACGUUAGUUCUGUGCACAGACUCUACGAUCUACUUCAUAAAUGUUCGGAAGAUCUCAACUCUGUCAUGAGUCUUUCGAUGAUAGUGAUGACAGUGACAUCAGGAUUAUCGACGAUAGUAAUAUUAAAAAAUACUAUAAAGUUGUUUCAGUCUACAACGACUCCUCCUUAUUUAAACGCUAAGCAUCAGUUAAUAAGCAGGCAGGCAAUACUUAUUUUUUCAAUUGGACGUUCUCUAAAGUACAUAUUAAUGUUGACUUUUCCUUGUUAUAUAUCAAACAAAACACAAGUCCAGGUUUCUGUUAUACGUACAAUGAUUUAUGACACUCUGAAUUCAAUUCAACUCGAUAAAGUCGAACGUCGCAAAGUUAAGGCAUUCUUCCAGUUGGUUUGUGAGAAUAAAUACGCGUAUGCGCUUUAUGGAAUAGUUAAUUUAGAUAUGUUACUUCCCCUGAGCUAUAGCAGUCUCUGUACAACCUAUCUCAUUAUAGUCGUACAAUUCUCAAAAUUAUUUGAUUAA